AUGGACUCUUCAUCCAUCAGCGCACCGGACGCUGCGCACACCGACCAAAACCCGAAACCUCGCAGAAAAGGGAAGAAGGAUGUCUUAAACGACGAAGGCUCCAAAAAAAGACGGUGCAUUUCCAGCGCCUGUGUGCCCUGUCGGAAGAGGAAGUCAAAGUGCGACGGCACAACACCCGCCUGCUCUGCCUGCGCCGCCGUAUAUAACACCGAGUGCAUCUACGAUCCCAAUUCAGAUCACCGCCGCAAGGGCGUCUACAAAAAAGACAUCGACAACCUCAAGACCCGCAACUCCACCCUGCAGACCCUGAUCCAGGCCAUCCUCAACUAUCCGGAAGAAGAUGUCGCAGCCCUCGUCCAGCAGAUACGCACCUGCGAAAGCUUGGAUGCCGUCGCUGAAGGUAUCAUAGCUAGGGAAAAUGGAGAGGAAGAGGAGGAAGAGGAACAGGUGGUGCCUUACACCGUCCCGGCCCCUGCCUCCGCUGGCGCACCGCUCACAUUCGAGUCGCAACUGUCAGGCAAGAUGGGAGAGCUGAGGCUGGAGGAUGGCUCGACGCGAUACAUUGGAGGCACAUCACAUCUCAUAUAUCUCGGCGCGGGCACCGAGGAUACCGACCAGUCGAAUGCUCUGUCCAACUCGGACCAGUACCAGCAGCAGGAGAACCCUUUGACCUCAUGGACCACCGUCACAUCCGACCCGGAGCUCGUCUUGCACUUGAUCAACAUGUACUUUUGCUGGCAUUAUACCUUCUUCACGACGCUAUCUAAGAACCUAUUCUACCGGGAUUUUCUCUUGGGCAAGCCACCACCUGGAUCGCGACGGAAGAUGGAAUACUGCACACCACUGCUGGUCAACGCCAUGUUGGCCCUGGGAUGUCACUUCACGUCCUGGCCUACUGCGAGAGCGGUGCGCGACGAUGCCGCCACCGCCGGAGACCACUUCUUCAAGGAAGCGAAACGGUUGAUCCUCGAGGGCGACUUGCACGAGGUCCCCGCCCUGACGACUGUGCAAGCGCUGGCGCUGAUGUCUGUACGAGAGGCUGGUUGUGGGAGAGAAGCAAAGGGCUGGGUCUAUAGUGGCAUGAGCUUCCGCAUGGCUUGCGAUCUGGGACUCAACCUCAACUCGGGAGGCAUGCAAGGGAAUAGAGGUGCCAUCGACGAGACGGAGGAAGACGCGCGCCGAAUAACGUUCUGGGGUUGCUUCCUGUUCGACAAGUGCUGGUCCAACUAUCUGGGCCGACUACCGCAGCUACCGAACGCCUCCAUUACUGCCCAGAAGUUCGAAGUCUUUCCCGUCGAAGACUCAGACACUUGGUCUGCCUACACCGAUUCCGGCUUCAGCCAGGCCCAUGCGCAACCCUCGCGCACACGCGCGGUUGCCCUGCAGAUAUCCAAAUUAUGCGAGAUCUCUAGCGACCUCAUAAACUUCUUCUACAACCCCAUCGAUAUGGACAAGACCAAAGGCAAACAGGCCGAACUCAAGAAGCUCAGCGAGAUACACCAGCGGCUUGAGACAUGGCGACGGGAAUUGCCAAAGGAACUCGAGCCAAAGGAGGGCGGCCUCCCUAGUAUGCUUGUCAUGCACAUGUUCUUCCAGCUCCUUUUCAUCCAUCUUUUCCGGCCCUUCUUGAAAUACAAUCCCAACAACUCGCCACUCCCGUCUCAUGUAUCUCCGCGGAAGUUGUGCACUCAGGCGGCACAGAUGAUUUCCAAGCUUCUCCGCCUUUACAAGCGAUCACACGGCCUCCGACAGAUCUGUAACAUUGCUGUCUACAUUGCACAUUCGGCCUGCACGAUUCAUCUAUUGAAUCUGCCUGAGAAGAAUGCGAAGAGAGACAUCAUCCACGGUGUCAAGCAUCUCGAGGAAAUUGCCGAGAGUUGGCUAUGCGCCCGCCGAACACUGGGCAUUCUUAGCGUGCUUGCUAAGAACUGGAAGGUCGAGCUUCCCGAAGAAGCCGCAACGGUCCUCGCUCGUACUGAUGCUAAGUUCGGUCCCUAUGGCGAAGUCCUCUCACCCAGGUCUAGUACUACUGCGCAGGAUGUAGGCACCCCUGCCGUCCAUCAGCAGCAGCAGCAACAGCAGCAGCCAGAGACGUCACCGGCUUUACAACCAUACAGCAUACCCCUAGCGACAACAACCAGCACAACCACAUUCUUCGAGAAACAUGGACAACCCAUGCAGUCUCUCACAUCCGAAGCACUGCGUCACGCUUCCGAGGCACGUUCCCUUCCCCCCAACGACGCUUCUGCAUUCGCUUACCCUCGUGGACAGCGUGAUAUCAACCCCUCGACCCCUGCCAGUACUGCCGGAAUUGACAAUAGUGUAAAUUCCACACACAACUCGCCCUCGCAACUCUUUGGUGGUGUCGAACAACUCGUCCGCGAGGGCCAAGACUGGUGGUUGAGAGACCAGUCCCAGCUCGCCGUUGGUUUCGACAACUGGAACCUAAACCCUGACGAGAUUGCCUGGCUCACGAGCAACACAGGCGCCGUCGGCAGCCCGGGUAGUUUCACCGCCAAUUCUGUGGUGGGCAAUGGCGACAUGAUGAACGGUGGACCUGUCGCCAAUGGCAAUAGUAACCCCCAACCGAACAACAUGAAUGGGUUCAACGGCUAUGGCGGCGUGAUGAACACCUACAAUGAGAAUGAGUGGUAUCAAUGA